AUGGGGAUGGGCAACAACCUCCAGGCAAAGUUUUUUGAUGGCAGACAACCUGUAUUGGCCAUCACGGACCCAGAGAUUAUCAAAUCAGUAAUGGUAAAAGAGUGCUAUUCUGUCUUCACCAAUCGUCGGGGAGGUAUUGCAGGAAAGACUUUGUGGAAUGCUAUCACAUUCGUUCAAGAUGAUCAGUGGAAGAGGAUUAGAACAAUACUGUCACCAACAUUUACAAGUGGAAAACUCAAGGAGAUGUUUCCCAUCAUUAACCAAUAUGGAAAUGUGUUAGUGAAGAACAUGCGGAAGGAAGCAGAGAAAAACAAGCCUGUGACUCUGAAAGACAUCUUUGGAGCUUUCAGCCUGGAUGUGAUCACCAGUACUUCAUUUAGUGUCAAUAUUGAUUCCUUGAAUAACAAGGAUGAUCCCUUUGUCAGAGAAAUCAAUAAGAUACUUCAAUCUGUUACUCUGGGCCCACUUAGGCUUACAGUGGAAAUCCUGCCAUUCCUUGUUCCUUUGUUUAAAAAGUUGGACCUAAGUCUAUUUCCAAAAGAACCAAUAGAUUUCUUAGCAAAAUCAGUUAAAAAAAUAAAGGAAGGACGAAAGAAAAAUUCACAGAUCCACCGAGUAGAUUUCCUUCAGCUUAUGUUGGAUUCUCAGACUUCUAACAAUUCAGAGAUGCACUCUCACAAAGAUCUGAGUGAUGAGGAAAUCCUAGCCCAAUCCAUUAUCUUUAUUCUUGCUGGAUAUGAAACCAGCAGCUCAGUCCUUUCUUUCCUGUUUUACAACCUGGCUACCCACCCUGAGAUCCAGCAGAAACUUCAGAAGGAGAUAGAUGCUGUUUUACCCAACAAGGAAGCAGUCACAUAUGAUGCCCUGGCACAGAUAGAGUACCUAGACAUGGUGAUACAUGAAACCCUCAGGAUGUUUCCCAUAGUUUCCAGGAUGGAAAGGGUUGCUAAGAAAACUGUUGUGAUCAAUGGAUUAACGAUUCCUAAAGGCACAGUGGUGAUGGCCCCCGCCUUUGUCCUUCAUCAUGACCCAGAAUACUGGCCAGAGCCAGAGGAGUUCCGCCCUGAAAGGUUCAGCAAGGACAACAAAGGGAGCAUUAACCCCUAUGUAUACCUGCCCUUUGGUACUGGUCCCCGAAACUGCAUUGGGAUGAGAUUUGCACUUAUGAACAUAAAAGUUGCAACUAGCCGACUCCUGCAGGAAUUUUCCUUCAGAACGUGUAAAGAGACACAGAUUCCUCUGAAGCUGAGCAAGCGGCCACUCCUUUCACCAGCUGUACCCAUUGUCCUGCAGGCUGUACCAAGGACCAAAUAGACAAACCAAUACCAAAAAUUUUCCUUCUCAUUCUACUCAUUCCUAUCUACAAUCAUGCCCCAGAUUUCUCUCCUAGAGUCCAAAGACAUGGAAUCCUAGGUUUUUAAGAGGAACAUAAUUUACCUUAUGAAUCAAACAAAGAAAAAGAUGUUCUUUUUUAACCAGGGAGAUGAGUACUUAGAUAUUUCAGAUGGUCUUUUGGAGUCUGAGGACCAUUGUAUAAUGUUCAGUGGUGUCAAGUGUCACAUAAAAUGAUCUAGCUGAGCAUGUUCUAAAUGAAAUAACCCUCAGUAGAUUAGUACCAUUUGAUAUUAUUAGGCUAUAGUGAUGCAAUCGAUGUAC